AUGGCUGUCGGCUUCCUCACCUUCAUUUCAGGCCUCUUUGGAUGGAUUUAUUUCCUCGCCUGGAGCGCGUCCUUCUAUCCCCAGCCCUUGCUGAACUGGCGUCGUCGAUCCACCAGCGGCACAACUAUUGAUUUCCCCUUUAUCAACGUCCUCGAAAUCCGCGCUCAGUAUGCUGCGAGACACAGAGGCCUCGAGUCUACUGUGCAAUUUAACGACAUCACUUUUGCUCUCCACGCUCUGUUCUUGUCUGUCAUCACAACCUCACAGUAUUUCGCUCCAUCGUUGUGGGGGUUCACCCCGAACUCCGGAAACCGACCCAGCCGGUUUAUCCUGGGGGUAGCAGCCGGCUGUAUCACUGGGGUUCUUUUGACAUGUGUUAUCGUUGCUUCAUCUCCCGGAAACGAUGCCGUCUAUGACUGGGUUGCCCUUGAUAUUGUCUACGCCGUAGGCUAUGUCAAACUUAUUGUCACCUUGAUCAAGUACACUCCCCAAAUCGUCACCAACUACAACAACCAGAGCACCGACGGCUGGAGCAUCUCUCAGAUCUUACUGGAUCUUACUGGCGGUGUCCUUAGCGUCAGUCAGCAGGCCAUCGAUAGUUAUCAGCUGCGCGACUGGAGCGGUAUCACCGGCAAUCCGGUCAAGUUUGCUCUUGGCAACAUCAGCAUGGUUUACGACACCAUAUUCAUCAUCCAGCACUACGUUCUGUACCAUGACUCAGAGAAGCCGCUGUCUGGUAAUCGCGAGAAUCAGAGAUUGUUGGAUGAGGAGCGAAGAGCGGAGCGCAGCGAGUGA